CGGCGGGCUCUCACUGCGGGGAAAUGAAACACACUGCGGGGCCCGAAGCUGCAGACGAGCCGCUGAGACCCGACCCGGAUCUGCCUCUCCCCCCCCGGGACACCAGCACCCACCGCCCGGCGUCAUGCGGCUGCUACCGCCGCACCGGAUCACAGCUGAGUGAAAGAGAAAGUCCACACCGGAUUUGAACCUGCGCAUUUUUAUUUAAAAACAUUUUUUUUUUUACAGCAUCGUGGAUGAAUCUUUAAGACUUUUUCCUCUUCUCUCAUAUUUUUGGAUUAUUCUCCCAGUGAGGAGACAUGUUGGUUUUACUGGUGAUCACUGUGGCCUUGUUGUCAGAUUCAGGUCUGUCGGUGGAGAUGUUUCGUGCAGGUGUGGCCCCUCGCUGCGAGAGCCGAGCCUGCAACCCCCGCAUGGGCAACCUGGCCCUGGGUCGCCGGGUCCUGACACAGACCGUCUGCGGCAACAACGGCACCGAGCUCUACUGCUCCUACGCCGACCCCAACGCCAACCUGGCCUGCAGCGCUGCCAAAUGUGCCAAGUGCAACGCCGGCCUGCCGCUCCUGUCCCACUUGGCCGGGGCCAUGUCCGACUCCUCCUUCCGUCACCCGAACACCUGGUGGCAGUCGGCUGAGGGGGUGGAGUCCGAGACGGUGCAGCUGGACCUGGAGGCCGAGUUCUACUUGACGCAUCUCAUUGUCGUGUUUCGCUCGCCGAGGCCCGCCGCCAUGACCCUGGAGCGGUCGCAGGACUUUGGGCGAACGUGGAGGAUGCUGCAGUACUACGCCAGCAACUGUAGCGACGCCUUCAAGCUGGAGGAAGGAAAAGCGGGUCGGGACGGGGCGACCUGCACAUCCAAAUACUCUGGGGCUUAUCCCUGCAACCGUGGAGAGGUGAUCUACCGAACUCUACCGAAGUGGGAGUCCCUGGACCCGUUCGGGCUGGAGGGGCAGCUGCAGCUGAGGGUGACCAACAUCCGCGUUCGGCUGUUGAAGCGCCAGCCGUGUCCCUGCCGGGCCAAAGACGUGGCCUCCGCGCACGAGGCUGUUCCGACCCAACACUUCGCCAUCUAUGACCUGAUGGUGAAGGGAAGCUGCUUCUGCAACGGACACGCUGAGCAGUGUGUUCCUGCACCGGGGUACCAGCCCAUCAGAGACCGCACCAACCAUGUGGUCCAUGGGAAGUGUGUGUGCAGACACAACACUGCAGGUGAUCACUGCGAGCUCUGCGCUCCACUCUACAACGACCGGCCCUGGCAGCCCGCUGACGGAUUGACGGGGGCGCCGCACGAAUGUCGGAAGUGCAAGUGCAACGGACAUGCUCAGAGCUGCCACUUCGAUUGGUCGGCGUGGCGCGAGUCCGGCCAGCGCAGCGGCGGCGUGUGUAACUGUCUGCACAACACCGAAGGACGCCAGUGUCAGAAAUGCACGACCGGUUUCUACAGAGACCCCCAGCGGCCACAAGCCGCCCCCGACUCCUGCAAAUCAUGCAGCUGUCACCCCAUGGGCUCCCUGCCUUUCCACCUGGCGGACAACUCCCCCUGCGACCCCUCCAGCGGCGACUGCAUCUGCAAACCCGGAGUGGGUGGCGCCCACUGCGACAGGUGCAUGGUGGGAUACUGGGGUUUCCAUGACUACGGCUGCCGUCCCUGCGACUGUGCAGGAGACUGUGAUCCUUUCACUGGAGACUGUAUGUUUGGCUCGGAUCUGGAACUAUACAACUUAGAGGUAAACUCCAGUGAGCCGGUCCGGAUCUUCAGGACGGACGAACUCUUCUCUGCGCUCCACUACUCAGAGAAGUGUGAGUGCAAAGAGCAAGCCCUGACCAACAGUAAACUCUUCUGCACCAUGAGCUACGCAUACGUGCUGAAGGUGAAAGUGCUGUCGGCCCACGAUAAGGGCUCCCACGCCGAGGUGGAGGUCAAAGUUCAGAAGGUGCUGAGUCAGAACACCAAGGUGAAGAUCCAGAGAGGUCGCGUCACCCUUUACCCCGAGUCCUGGACCGCACGGGGCUGCACUUGCCCCAUCCUCAACCCAGGGGUGGAGUACUUGGUGGCGGGACACUCGGACCGGAAGCAGGGCCGCCUCCUGGUCAACAUGAAGAGCUUCGUCAAGCCGUGGAAGGCCAGCCUGGGACGCAAGGUCCUCACGCUGCUCAACAAAGACUGCAACUGGUAGACGGACAGUUGACCCGCCCGGAGGACUGACGGACACAUGGACUGACAUGUGGAAUUAUGAAUGGCGUUGGAUUUUUCGGUGGGGGAUGGGGACUGGGCAGACAUUUGAAACCUCUCCACUCUCUGCUCUUGUCCAGUAGUGGACGGCACACGCUUAAAGCACACGGGACGAACUUUUGUUAAGACGUUUGAGCAAACUGUCCCUCCUGCGUCCUUAUGUUGUAUUCAAGCAGACGUUUCUUUUGCUUUUGCUGCUGAAGCUUCAGAAAUAGAGGAAUUCUGUCACUCAACGACACCCCCCCCUCCCCCCCAACCGGGAUCCACUGAUACACAUUAAAGCACACAUUAUAUAAACUGAAUGUCCUCCUCUCUGCUGCACUUUAGCCUAAGACGGACUGAGGGGACAUGGACACACGCAGAGAGGAAGAUUAAACACCCAAGACUAUAACUGUGGACUGUGGAUGGAGGACGCCCGCUCCCUCUGUGCUCCUCUAGGCAUUGGACACACACCCACAGAGGCAGCAGUGUGUGUGUGUGUGUGUGUGUGUGUGUGUG